AUGCCUGUUGGUCGAAAGUCAUCAGUUUCCAUAUCCCCAAACACUUUAUCCACGCCCAGCCCUAACCCAGGUCCCGUCGGUCUUUCAUUUGCGAACAAUGAUAUUGGCUCGUUGCCGAACAACUUCGAGGAAGAAUUCUUGCCAUAUCAUGAAGGCUCCGAGCAACAUACCUUGCUCCACAGUCCUUCCGUGCGGUCCUACGUUACAUGGGAUGAUUUGUCUAUGACCCCCGAUACCACAAUGGGACAUGAAAUGCAAUUUGGUUUCAAUUCUUCCAUUGACGUUGAAUUGAGCCCCAACCAGUCGGGCCUGGGUCCAGACGUUCACCCUGGAUUUCAGGGCCCGGACAUGGUUCCUGAGAAUCUUAGCUGGCAUCGUCAGGGAAAUACCAUUUCUUGUGGCGUCAAAAGUCGCCAGAGCCAUCUCCAUCCCAACAACCUUCUGAAUUACCCUUUUAUUCCACUGGGCCCAAUUAAGGAUGAUAUCCCUGGGGCUGAGAUUCAUAUCAUUAAUCCUACCAUGAGCAAAAGUAGCAGAAAAGCCCAUCGCAAUCUUAGGUGCACAUGGAAAGGGUGCAAGUAUAGGAAACCGUUUAACCGUUUUGCCGAGUUGGAAAGACAUGUCAAAACUAUUCAUCUCUUUCCUUAUUCCUAUCGAUGUACUUAUGGGGGUUGUCUCAAGCUUUUCAAUCGGAAGGAUAAUUUGAAGCAACACAUGAUCAGAAGACAUGAGAUGCCCUUUUAA